UUCAUUAUUAAUCUUUAGAAAAGAAACAUACAUAACAACAACAACUCAGAAGAGAGGUCUUUGCAAAUUUUCGAUCUCUCUCUCUUCUUUCUCUCUCUAAAACUUUCUCUUCUUCACAUUUCUACCGACGCACCAAUUCGUUCUGUUUGGAUCUGAAUCAGAUAGCAGUUUGAGCCUUUUGGUGCUGGCUCGUGCUGAACACCAGCUGCUACAAUGAAGAAGGUUUUUGGUCAAACUGUUAGGGACCUUAAAAGAGAAGUGAACAAGAAAGUGCUCAAAGUUCCUGGCAUUGAACAGAAGGUUCUUGAUGCUACUAGCAAUGAACCAUGGGGUCCUCAUGGAACACUGCUUGCAGACAUUGCUCAGGCAACUAGAAACCCUCAUGAAUACCAGAUGAUCAUGUCAGUAGUCUGGAAACGAAUUAACGACACUGGCAAGAAUUGGCGGCAUGUCUACAAGGCUUUGACAGUACUUGAGUACUUGGUGGCCCAUGGUUCUGAGAGAGUCAUAGAUGAGAUCAAAGAACAUUCUUAUCAAAUAUCGACUUUGUCCGACUUUCAAUAUAUUGAUUCCAGUGGAAGAGAUCAAGGAAACAAUGUCAGGAAAAAAUCUCAGAAUCUCGUUGUCCUUGUGAAUGAUAAAGAAAGAAUCGUAGAAGUUAGACAGAAGGCUGCUGUUAAUAGGGAAAAGUUUCGCAAUAACACACCAGGAGGAAUGUAUAGACCUGGUUCACACUCAAGCAUUGGAAGCUAUGGUGAUCGAUAUGAAGAAGAUCGUUAUGCGAACAGGGAGGAAGAUAGAAAUGGCUAUGGUUAUGGAAGAGAAAGAGAAAUGGGCUCUAGAGAUGAUGAUCGGUACAAUCGCGAUGGGGAUCGUUAUGGUAGAGAUUAUGAGGAACGUUAUGGUAGGGACGGUUACAGAGAUGAUGAUAGGGGAAGAAGUCGAAGUGUUGACUAUAAUUAUGAUGAUACUAGGAGCAGGAAUUCUGAUAGAGAUCGUGAUUUCGAUGACGAUGGCCAACACUCGUCUCGAGGUAGCAAUGCUAAAGUUGAAGACCAAUCACUGGAAGCAAGACUUCAGCGGAAACUUUCUGAGCAAAAUUCGGGUGCUCCUCCUAGUUAUGAAGAGGCUGUUGGUGAAGCUCAGAGCCCUGUGCCUGAAAGGGAUGUUGAAACUUCGGCAGAAUCUGCUCCAAGAGGCUCGUCCCCUCAUGCAAGUGAUAAUCCUAGCCCAGCCUCUGCUCCUACUGGAUCUUCUCCUGUAAGCAAUAAUCCAACUGAAGUAACUGCUGCUGCCAGUACAUCUGUUGCUGCUAGUACUGCUGCUUCUACCCAGGAAACUGAGCCCACUGAUGAUUUCUUUGACCCACGUGGUCCUACAUCAGCUGCUCCAACCACCUCUAAUUUUGGCGAAAUAGAUUUGCUCGGUUCUUUAUCAGACUCAUUCUCUUCAAACGCUCUGCCUCUUGUGCCCGCUACAUCAGGAAUUUCAACCCCUGAAGCAAACACUGGUUCAACAGCUUCUUUUGCAGCACCAUCCUCUGGGUCCAAUAAUUUCAAUCAGUCUUUUGAAGAUCCGUUUGGUGAUUCACCAUUCAAGGCUGAUACUUCUGUUGAAACUGCUCCAUCUCAACACCAUGCACCUCAGACUACUGAACCAUCCCAAUCAGAUGGUUUUAAUGCUGACAUGUCUAACUUUGGGUUUGGGGACUCAUUUUCUAUUGUACCAUACUCUGCAUCUGCUCCCAGUGACACUCAACCUUUCUCUGCUAACUCCCAGUUUUUGUCCCAAGAUUCGGAAACUGAUAUUCUAGCUGACAUUCUUCCUCCUGCACCAUUACCUGAGAUUACAUCACAGCAGAACAGUUCAGCUCCUUCUUUUGGCCAACCUUCACCUUCCUUUUCAACUUCAUCUGGAUCAUUUUCCGAACCAACUGGUCAACUUACUCUUCAUCAAGGUUUCUCAGCUGCAACCAAUCAACCUGCACAAACCCUUCCAACUGGUCAAUUUUCGCAGCCAGGCUUUUCAGCUUCUAAUUCAUCUUUUUCAGCCUCUACCAGUCCAUAUGCACAGCAACCUUUUCCUUCUCAUUCUGGUCAACCUGGCAUGCCUGGGUUUUCGUCAUCUACUGGACAUUCUAUGCAGCCACCUUUUGCUUCUCAAGGCGGUCAAUCUACUGCACAAACAAGCGGUCAUACCUACGGUGGAUUGUACUCCCUGGAUACAUCUCUUACUCCAGGAGCUCCAAACAUGUAUUCUCAAUCACAAAAUGGAUAUAACGGAUCUAUGAACAGUGGGAACUACUUGCCACAGGGAUCCUCAACAGGCUUUCCUUCACAAAUGACUCCCCAAGCUCCAACAGCACAACCGGCACAAAUCACAAACUUUCCCCAUCAUGGAGGAUCUACUGCUUCUCCCUCUCCAACUGAUCAAGCAUCACAGUUCAACAACCAGAGCUUCUUUGGACAACAAGGGAAUGCAGCUCCCUUUAGCUCAUCAUAUACCCCUCAAGUGCCUGCUCCCAAUGCUUCGCCGUAUGCUGUUUCAGCGGCACCAAAUUCUUUAGUUUCUCAACCAUCCAAAGAUAAGUUUGAAACAAAAUCAACAGUUUGGGCAGACACAUUAAGCAGGGGACUGGUUAAUUUAAACAUAUCUGGACCUAAAACUAAUCCAUUAGCAGAUAUUGGCAUUGACUUCGAAUCCAUUAAUAGGAAGGAAAAGAGAAUGGAGAAGCCCACUAACACACCUGUAACAUCAACUGUAAAUAUGGGUAAAGCUAUGGGAUCAGGUUCAGGCAUAGGUCGUGCUGGCGCUGGUGCUCUUAGACCUAAUCCAAAUUCGAUGAUGGGUUCUGGUAUGGGCAUGGGUAUGGGAAUGGGCAAUGCUCCCGGUGGUAUGGGUAUGGGCAAUGCUCCCGGUGGUAUGGGUAUGGGAGGUUACGGAGGAGGCAUGAAUCCAUCCAUGGGUAUGGGUAUGGGUAUGGGGGGAAUGGGCAUGGGGCAAGGAUACCAGAUGCAACCUCCUAAUGGAAUGCCUCCUGGUUCCAACAUGCCAGGUAACUAUAAUAAUAACAUGAUGCGUCCAGGUGGUUAUGCUCAACAGCCAUAUGGUGGAUACCGAUGAGAUUGAAUUGAACAUUAUUCUCAUAGAUGGAAAGGUGAAGUAUUGUUGAUUGUUUUGCUACAAGCUGAGAGAAGCCAUAUCAAUACCAGUGCCUACUAGUAGUCCACAUCAACAUUCGGAUUUUAUAGCAGUGUAUCAUUAAAGUUGCAAUUUUCUGUAAAGUGACCUAGUGUGGUGUAUGUUUAUUCUUAUAAAUGUGCUACUACAAUUCUUUUCUUUUUUGGGGUCACCCUUCUUUAGGGUGCUUGAGCAUCAGUGUUGUGUACCAGUGACGGGAUAGAGUAACCUUACUUGGGUUAUUGCUUCCUUUACAUGUUCCUCAUAUUUUUUGAACACCAACAGGUGGUUUGAUAUAUUAAUAUAUUCUUUUUCACAUUUUGCUCUUUUA